AUGCCAAGGAGUACGAGGCACAAAUCGAGUAAGCAUAAGGAUUCGAGAGACUACUCUGAUUCGGAGAAAGAGUCGACUUUGAAGGAGAGGAAAAGCAAAGAGGAGAGUAGUGCUAGGGUUUCGAAAGAUUCUGGUUCUGGUGAUAAACGAAAGCUUGAUUCCAAGGAGUAUUACGAUUCGGUUAAUGGCGAGUACUAUGAAGAGUACACUUCUUCCUCGAAGCGACGGAAAGGGAAGAUCGGAGAGAGUGGUAGUGAUAGGUGGAAUGGUAAAGAUGAAGAGAAAGGGGAGAGUUCGAAGAAGACGAAGGCGUCUAGUGACAAGAGUAGGAGGAGAGAGGAAGUAGAAGGUGAGGAGACGAAGAAGAGUAGUGUUAAAAGCGAUGGUAAGCAUAGAGAGUCUAGUAGAAAGGAAAGCAAAGAGUUUGACAAGGACAAGGAACGGGAUAAAGAUAAAAAGCAUAAAGAAGGCAAAAGUGACAAGUUUUAUGAUGGUGAAGAACACCAUCAUAAAUCCAAGGUUGUCUCUGAUAAAACUGAGUCGAAAGCUCAGGAUCAGCUAAGGAGUCCAGGUACCGAAAAUCAUACUGAGAAGCGAUCAAGGCGUAAGAGGGAUGAUCAUGGUGUUGGAGACAAGCAUCAAGAUAACAAUGAUGAUGUUAGUGAUAGGCUUUUCACUUCCGGAGAUGACUACAUUAAAGAUGGAAAACAGAAGACAGAGAAAAGCAGAGAUAAGUAUCGGGAAGACAAGGAAGAAGACAUCAAACAGAAAGGUGACAAGCAGAGAGAUGACCGACCUACUAAAGAGCAUCCUAAGUCUGAUGAAAAGCACCUCCGAGAUGAAAACCGUAGUCGUGACUAUUAUCAUGAUGGGAAACGAAGUAAAAGUGACCGUGAAAUGGAUAAUGAUCGCGACGUGUCGCGUCUAGAUGAUCAAAGUGGUCGGUAUAAGGAUAAGAGGGAAGGUAGGAGGUCUCCAGAUUAUCAGGAUUAUCAGGUCGGGGGCACUAGAAGUAGCAGAGCAGAGCCUGAUGGUGAUAUGAUAAGAUCAGAGCGUCAACCUUCCAGUUCGGUAGUUCAAGAAGAGAAUGGGAAUGUAUCGGAUCAGAUAACCAAAGGGGUCUCUUCCAGGGAGACAGCUGAGCUAUCUGGAGGAUCAGAGAGAGGUACAAGACAUAAAGUUUCUGAGAAAACAGUGAAGAUGGAAGACGGUAUUUUGGGCGAGUUUCAGGCUGAAAGGUCUUCCGGCGCAAAAGCUUCACCCCGACCCAUGGUUGAAAGAUCUCCCUCUUCGACGAGUCUUGACCGGAGAUACAAUAAUCGAAGUGGUGCCAGGCGGAGUCUUGAGAUUGAAGAAACAGGUCAUAGGAACAACGCUAGGGACUUUUCAGCACCUGAGGAUGAUAAGCUUCUGGUUGAUGAGACAUCUCAAGCAGAAGUAUCCUUUAACAAUAAAGCCAACCAGAAUAAUUCUUCUUUCCCUCCAAGACCUGAAUCUAGGAGUGGCAUUAGUAGCCCUAGAGUGGGGCCUCGAGAUGAAGAUAACCGGGCCAAUACAGGUGGACGUUAUAAAAGAGGCGUUGAUUCGAUGAUGGGAAGAGGGCAAGGUAAUGUGUGGAGAGGCGUCCCUAGCUGGCCAUCUACACUUCCGAAUGGAUUUAUUCCAUUUCAACAUGUUCCACCUCAUGGAGGUUUCCAGACUAUGAUGCCACAAUUCCCAUCUCCAUCUCUCUUUGGGGUGAGGCCUUCACUGGAAAUGAGUCAUCAGGGAAUCUCUUACCAUGUACCUGAUGCUGAGAGGUUCUCUGGUCACAUGCGUCCACUUGGGUGGCAGAAUAUGAUGGAUGGCUCAGGGGCUUCGCACAUGCAUAGUUUUUUUGGGGAUAUGAGUAAUGGUGUUUUCAGGGAUGAAUCAAACAUUUAUGGGGGAUCUGAAUGGGACCAUAACAGGCGGAUGCAUAACCGGGGUUGGGAAUCUGGUGCAGAUGAGUGGAAAACUCGAAAUGGAGAUCCGAGCAUGGAAGUCUCAUCAAUGUCUGUCAAAGAUGAUAACUCGGUGCAGGUUGCUGAUGAUGAGUCUCUUGGUGGCCAAACAAGUCACUCUGACAAUAACAGGGCAAAAAGUGCUGAAGCUGGGUCGAAUCUAACAUCUCCAGCAAAAGAACUGAAUGCGAGUUCUCCUAAAAUUAUGGCGGAAGUAGCAGCUGAAAAUCCUGUUACAGAAAAAAUUGAUAACAGUGAACGUUAUUGCAGGCAUUAUCUCUCAAACGUUGAUAUAUCGGUAGAACUUGCUGAUUCCGAGCUGCAUAAAUGUAUUAGCUUAUUGAUGGAUGAAGAACGUCAAAAAAUUGAUGAUGGAACUGCUGUGUUUGUAAAUCUCAAGGAAGGUGGAAAGAGAGUGCCCAAAAGCAACAGUACUUCCUUGACGACUCUUUCACUGUUUCCUUCUCAGAACAGUUCAGUAUUUCAGAUAGCAAUGGACCUCUACAAGGAGCAAAGAUUUGAAAUGAAGGGUCUUCCAAAUGUCGAAAAUCAGGGGGCUCCUCAAGUCUCUCUUUCCCAUCUGGUUAAAGUCGAAAGCAAUGAUGAUGUGAGUGAUGCAGUGAAAGGAAACAGUUCCAUCGAGACAGCUGAUGUGAAAAUUGUGGAUGUGUCAGAUUCAGACACAUCCCAAAAGGAACAGCAAAAAGCGCCCUCACUUGUUGAUACCGGAAUGGACAUGGAAACACAAGACAGAGGAGGUUCAUCGCCCAAUUUAGACAACUCACCCAAGGCCCUAGAAGGUGUUGCUUCAGAUCUCAUUGAAGGUGAUGAGCAUGAUGCAAAGCCAGAUGAUGGAGCUGGUGUAGACAAAACAAUGGUGAUAGCUCCUGAACAAGAUGGUGUUACAGAAGGUGAUCCUGUUACCUUGACAACAGCUUCUCCGCCUCUCGGGUUGUUGAGGAUGUAUCUCCGAAGGUAA